UGCAGAAGGGCGUCAGCGUAGCGAUUUGUAGUGCUAAUUUUGGCAAUAUUUGACUAAAUAUCUAUGAAAUUAAAUGUUUCUGGUGUUAUUUUUAUUCAGGGAAACACUGUUUUACUGAAAGCUUCAACAAUGAUUAUCUAAGUAAAUUGUAAAAUGAUUUAUUCGUGAAUUAAAAAUAGUUUUCUGUAAACUGGCGAAAGAGCUGACGCAUUGUCCUGUGACAGAUUUGGCCUCAUUUUAGCAUAUUUUGAGCUAGUGGUGGUGAGACAUAAGAAUUCGUCAAAUCAGCUGUGGAUGCAAGUUUUUCUUUCUGUCAUAGAUUGGGUAAAAUUGUAAACAAAUCGUAGCAUUUUAUUCAUUCCGUGUUAUUCGCUUAAUGAGGUGCUGAAAUGGCUGAUAAGAAUCUUGCGAAGCGAUUAUCCGUCUCGUCUUCGGCUAAAAACCGAAUGAGUGUACCGUCUGGUAGUGGAACUCUGAGCGGUACUUCAGGAGCAACAGCUUUACCAUCUGGGUCAAAACUACCUACACCGAAAACGCCUGUUUCCGUUGGCGUUCCAUCUCCAGGUUCACCGGGUGAAGUCCCUCUCGUUCCCUACAUUAAGUCUGCAGAUAAUGCGAAAGUUCUUCCCAAGUACACCGCGGCAUUAUCCAGUAACACGGAGGAUCUCGUACCGGCUGAGGACUUGGAUAUGGUACAACUUGAAUUAGAGUUGCUUUUAUCCACGGUCGCAUUGCGAUAUCGUGUAUUGAAAAGUGAAAUUGAAUCAAUUGAUAAGGCAGAUGAACGUCGUGAACGGAAAGGUAAAUUUAUUGAUAAAGCACCCUCGUCACCUGGCAAAAAGAAGCGACUGGACGAAAAACAAAAAUUGCGUGAAAGUGCUGGUAAACUAUUUGGUCAUCAUAUGAGACUGUCGAAGAUAAAGAACAUGUCAUCAUUAAUACCUCCGUCCCCUGCUCCUUCGCAAAACACAGACGACAGCAUGGAUGCUGUUCCGUUUUUGCCUGCCAACCAUCACAUACAGCAUAUUAUUUCCGAUAAUGCGAAGAUGUUGCUUCCGAAAAAUGAUACACCGAACAAAUUUUGGAUGUCAGUAGAACCUUACUGUAUGUCUAUAACGCACGAAGAUCUCAAACUGUUAGAUGACUUACUCGAAGAGUAUUCAGGGCCAUUGAUUCCGCCUAUACCGGAAUUGGGUCCUCAUUAUAGCACCCAGUGGGCUGCUGAUGACAUCAAAGAGGAACAGGAUAAUUCUAAAAAAAGCAAAGGACUCACAAACGGCGAUGUCAACAAAAAGGAAAAAACAAUUGGGGAAGGAAUCACCGGUCCUCUAACACAACGCUUGGUAUCUGCUCUGAUGGAAGAAAAUCUGCUGCCAGAUUGCAAUAGCACUAGCAAUGAAAAUAGCAACAGUAGCUCAGACGUAGGUCACAGUAAUUCACGAAGUGCGGUUUCGUUGCUGAAAAAUGGUAUCAGCAUCGAGCGUCGGCUACGCAAGGAGUUGAUCGAACAAGGAAUCUUGGACGACGAUGACAUGCCCAAGAGUCAGCAAGACGAUGAAAUUUUAUCGGAAAUCAAUCGCGUUCGCACGGAGAUUGCCGUGAUUGCAGAGUAUAACUCGAAUGAGAUUCGAAAGCUACAAUCUAUGGCUCAGGAUGAAAUGAAGAGAAUCGAAGUGAAGCGCAAACUGGAUCGCGUUGAUCAAGAGAUUAUUGAAUGCUAUAAAAAGAUAACCGCUGCCAGACUUAAACGGCGUCCGCUUACGAAACAGGAACGGGAUGAAGCCUAUCGUUUGACCGAAGAGCAAAAGCGUUUGUCAGAUCAACUUGAGCUGAUGCCAGUACAUGGACCCUUCGUGAAUAAUUAGACGUUAGUGCAUUUCCUCACAUAGUUUACAAUGAUGAUCCAUAGAAUGAUCUACAACUUAUUUAAUAAAACACAGAUCUGCUGCCAGGUAAAGUUAUUAAUCGUGAAAUGAUAAAAAUUGUGCAAAAUUAUCAAUAAAACGUGAAAAUCGCAUAGAA